AUGGCAUUGCCGUCGAAGAUUCUGAUUGUCGGAGGGGGCGUGUUUGGAUUAUCCACCGCCCUCUCCCUGUCAAAGCGACACCCAGAAUCCCAAGUAACAGUCGUAGAGUCCUCACCGACAAUCCCAAACCCGCACGGAUCCUCUGUGGACACAUCACGGAUCGUGCGGGCGGACUACGCCAACACGGCCUACUCCAAGCUCGCCGCAGCCGCCAUCGAGCGCUGGCGUAGCACAGACUGGGGCCGCGACGGCCGCUACACGCAGAACGGCCUGCUCCUCGUGUACCCAGAGAACAGCGCCAGCGCGAAGGAGUACGCCCGCAAGAGCUACGCCAACGUGCGCCAGCUCGGCGACAACGUCACCUUCCUGCCGACGCAAGCGGACGUGCUCAGCGUCGUCCCGGCCUACGGCUCGACGCUCGAUGUCGCCGGCGGCUACGUGAACUGGGGGUCUGGGUGGUCUGACGCCGCGGCCAGCGUGCGCUAUGCCAAGGGCGUCCUCGACGCUGAGGGGAAGGUGAUCUUCCGCACUGGUGAUGUCGAGCGUGUGCUCUAUGACACGACCGGUGCCAAGCCUAAGGCCACCGGUGUUGUCUUGGCGGAUGGUUCGACCCUCGAGGCGGAUCUGGUGGUGCUGGCGACUGGCGCGUGGACGUCGAAGCUGGUGGACUUGCGCGGCCGGGCUGUUGCGACCGGACAGGCGAUUGCUUAUAUGCGCAUCUCGGAUGAGGAGCAGCGCGAGCUGGAGAAUUUGCCGACGAUUUUGAACUUCGCGACGGGCAUCUUUAUUAUCCCGCCCCGAGAUAAUCUGCUCAAGAUUGCGCGCCAUGCGUUUGGGUAUCGCAAUCCCGUUGAGGUGCCGGUUCCCGGUGCUGGAGAGGGCUCGAUGGUGGUUAGUCUGCCUGAGAAUGGGGUACCUGUGCCGCUUGAAGGACAGGAUGCGUUCCGCGUUGCCUUGAGGCAGCUGUUGCCGCGUUUUGCGGAGAGGGAGUUUGUUAAUACGAGGGUUUGUUGGUAUACUGAUACGCCCACGGGUGACUUCAUUGUUUCUUAUCACCCUGACCAUGAAGGUCUUUUCCUUGCUACCGGUGGUAGCGGCCACGCGUUUAAGUUCUUCCCUGUUAUUGGAGACAAGGUUGUGGAUGCGCUGGAGGGCACGCUUGAUUCCGAGUUAAGCAAGAUGUGGACUUGGCCCGAGGUUGCUGUGUCGAAUGAUGAGGACUUUGAUGGCGAUGGUAGUCGAUCUGGGGAUAGGAGACCGAUUCUGAAAGACGAGUUGGCGAAGACAAGGAAGGCUUCGCGGAGCAGUGUGCUCUAG